UGUUGGUUUGUCACACAAAUCUGAAAAAAGACAUUGUGGUUUGUAGUUUUAACAUAAUAUGAUGUAAAAGGUACCAUUCGUAGGAAGGCUUUUUUUUAGGCUCUGUACCAUUUGACUUUUCAUUGCUGCAACCGUUCUAACUGUUACCUCCCAUUGACAUCUUCAGUUUUAAGAUUAAACCCGCAGCUUUUUAUCUAGUGUAACCCAGCCAAGGUACUGUACUGUAUCUGUUCUGACAUUAUAUUGAACAUAUAUCAUUUAUCACCUAUUUUGGAACAAAAGAAAAGAAAUGCAACUGGCCAGAAGAAAAGAACCAGGAAGUGGUGUGUUCUUGUUUUCUGCAUGCUUUAUCUCCUGGUGCAGGAGAGAUUCUCUCAAGAGUCAGAGGGUCUGAUCAGAGGGUGUCAGGCGGCUGCUGAAGAUGAAUAUUACACCUGUUAUUUUCUGCAUUUUGCUAAAUCGUGUCAUUGGCCAAGAUACCUUUCCUGCAAAAAUUCUGGUCCGGCAGAGGACUGUCAGCGAGGGCAGUGACCUCUAUGUAACCUGCAGCAUGUUAGGGCAAAAGAAAGAACCCUCGUUUUUUGUUUAUUUACUCAAAGAUGGACAAGGAUUUCAGAAAACCUCACAGAAGCAGAAUCUGAAUGAUGAUACCUUUAAGAUAUCUCGAGUUGAUCUUGGUCACAGUGGAAACUACAGCUGCUUCUAUUCCUCCAGAGAAUUCAACCUUUCUGCAAUAGUUGAUGAAGGACUGGACAAGGUCGAGAUUCUGGUUAUAGCCCAUUUCCUCCCAGCAACCCUCUCAGUAGCUGGACCCUCCAGAGUUGAUGAGGGAAACCGUGUUGAGCUCAGAUGCACCUUUUCUGAGACCCUGCACACCCUCUACAAUUGUCAACUCAUUCAUUGCUGCCUGAAGAAGAACGACACCUUCCUUCAGUUGCAAGUAUUUGAUGUCGCUCGGAUGGAGGCCUCUUUCACCAUCGAAGGUGCCGUCAUGAGGGACUCGGGUCAUUACAGCUGCCUUUUGCUGCCGUCUAAAUGCUUUCAGAAUAACUGGAAUGAGCUGCAGGGAAUCAACGCUGUUUUUCUGGAGGUCAAAGAGGAUUUGACCACCGUUUGGGCUUUCUCUGGUGGAUUUAUAGUCCUUGCGCUGCUUUUCUGUCUGUGUUUGUACUGGAUCCUUAACAGAAACGGCCUCAUGACUUCAUGGACACCAUGUUCUGACAGAGAUCAGCGGAGCAUAGACGUACUGGAGCAAACAAAAGAGGAACCUGAAGAUGCAUCAGAAGAAGAUUCUUUCAGUGUGGAGAAUGAGGAAGAUUCUGAUAGUGAGCAGCCGAAUACACACACAAACGAGGAACUUCAAGAGGUAUCAGAUGGAGUGGACUUAUUCAACGUAGAAAAUGAACUAGUGUAUGCAAACAAGACAACUAACGAUGAUAUAUACUCCACAUGUGAGAGAAUUUACCACGUUCCAGAUGAUUCUCCUGCAAGACGAAUCUUGCCCUAAAGAUGAAAGUCUGCGCUAAAGUCAUCACAGCCAGUCUUCACCUGGGUGUGGUUUCAUCAUUUCACUUUUAUGCUACGCCAAAACAGCGAUGGUGCUGACCUGGUAGAUUUACCCACAAAUAAAGUACCUGAAAUAAAUAUUCAUUCCACUUGAACUUUUCACAGUUUGUCACGUAACAGUUUCAAAUAACCGGGGGAUAUAAAUUGAAACCAAAAUGACAAAUUGGUAUCUAUGUGUUGAAUGCCUUUAUAGAGGUUGGUGUCUACCAUCUUUGCACACCUUUUUACCACUUUCUUUUAAAAACAGCUCUAACUGUGCUAAUCUGGAUGGGGAGCGUCUGUGAAAAUCUGCUUUCCAGCUGAAAACCAGAUUAAAAAUGAGAUAUAGCUCGUAAUUGUGACUGGGCCAUUAUAAUAAUCAAUCACAUUUUAUCCUCCAACCAACUGUAUCCAGGUUCCCUGUUUCUGCUGAAGAAAAGUAGAUGGCAGCAUAAUGCCUUCACCUUGAUGAUAGUCCAUUCAGGGGAAAGUUCAGUGUUUGUUUUCUACCACACAGUUGUUGUUUUAUUGCAUUCAGGCCAAAAAAGUUUAAAUAAGUUCUCAUCUCCCCAGAGCAGCUUCUUUCACUAUUGUUCCAUACAUUGUCUUCUUCAAUCAAUUGCUUAUUUUAUGCUACUCUUUACUAUAAUAAUUUGUGAAUUUUAUCUUCUUUCUGCUCCCUUUUGCUCAUGGCAAAUAUAUGACAGAAAGUGACUGUUUUUGUGGUUUUUAUCAUGGACCAAUAAAUAAAUCUGAAAUGCCAAACUGA